UAUACCAAUGCAGAGCAGACAUUUAUCAAUCAAUCAAUCUAUCUAUCUAGUGGGGAAAAAAAAGAGAGAUGGAGAAGAGCAGAGUUCUUGUUGUUGGUGGAACUGGUUAUUUGGGCAAGAGAUUGGUGAAAGCAAGCCUGGCCAACGGUCACCCUACCUUUGUCCUUCUCCGCCCGGAGAUCGGAGUGGACAUAGAAAAGAUUCAGUUGUUAUUGUCCUUCAAAGAGCAAGGCGCAAAGCUUGUCAAAGCUUCCUUUUCUGACCACCAGAGCCUUGUUGAUGCAGUGAAGCAAGUUGAUGUUGUUAUUUCCGCCAUCUCCGGUGUCCAUACUCGGAGUCACCAUAUCCUGCUGCAACUCAACCUCAUAAAAGCCAUCAAAGAAGCUGGUAACAUCAAGCGUUUUUUGCCUUCUGAGUUUGGCACGGAUCCUUCAAGGAUGAGCCAUGCAAUGGAACCGGGGCGAGUAACGUUUGAUGAUAAAAUGGUAAUAAGGAAGGCAAUAGAAGAAGCCGGGAUUCCAUUUACUUAUGUCACCGCAAAUUGCUUUGCUGGUUACUUUGUUGGAGGCCUUUCCCAACCCUUAAUUAUCACCCCAUCUACAGACCAUGUUCUCGUACUUGGUCAUGCCAAUGUCAAAGCCAUUUAUGUAGAUGAGGAUGACAUUGCAACUUACACUAUCAAGGCUGUAGAUGACCCCAGAAUGGUCAACAAAACAUUACACAUCAGACCACCAGAGAACAUCCUCUCACAAAAUGAGCUGGUUCAAGCUUGGGAGGAGCUCAUUGGCAAACAGCUUGCUAAGACUACCAUCUCUGAAGAGGAUUUCCUCACUAAACUCAAAAAUAUGGAUUAUGCUGAGCAAGUGGGAUUAGGACAUUACUACAAUGUCUGUUAUGAAGGUUGUUUGACAAACUUUGAGCUUGGGGACAAUGAAGAGGAAGCUAGUCAGUUAUAUCCAGAGGUUAAUUAUGUGCGUGCUAAGGAUUAUCUCAAGCGUUAUCUCUAAGCAAACUAUUAAUUACAAGCUUUUCAUAUUGGAAUUUGGAUGAAAAAAUAUGCACUUUGUAUAGGUUUUCUACUCUUGAUUUAACAGGCAAUUAUGAAUGCUUCAAAAGUUGAUUACCUCAAUAUUGAGCCAUAAGCACAGAGGUAAUGAUGUUGUUUAAGUUUUAAUCAAGUAAUAAACUAUACAGUGUUGUACAAUAUAUAUGUAUGUAUGUAUUGGUUGCUUAAUGAUAUAAGGUCAU